GGAGGGCUUUGUCUGUGUGCGCCUUUCUCUCUCUCCCUCGCUCGCUCUCCCUGUCUCUCGCACUCUCGCUCGCUCUCGCUCGCUCUCUCUCGCUCGCUCUCCCUUUCCCGUCUCUGUGGUUUGUAAGGUAGGUUGCAGUGUGUGUAUAUACACAACAUCAAGAGCAGGAAAAUGGACUCAUUAGGGAGGCAGGCAGUCAUUACCACUCACACUGUACUUCCAGGGAGACAGCGACUAUGAGGAGACAAACUGAGGACUGGGGAACAAGCAGCAUAAGAAAGAAGUGUUGAGAGCUGCUCUUAACCCUUUUGGAGGCCGAAGUCAAAAGGGAACUAGAGGUCUUGACGCAUCCUUUACAUCCUGCAUUUACUCUGACCACAGUCCCUCCCUGUUCUCACAAGCGGAGCUCAGCCCUGCUUCCCUUCCUGUUGAUUCCCAGUCAGCUACAUGACUGCCUGAAGUUACAUUGUAGAUGCUGAAAUCACUGCACCUUAAAAACAAAAAGAUUAAGCCACACUGCAUUCCUAAUGUUGGAAUUUUUGGACUGUGCAUCUGUUUAGGCACGUGGAGAAAGACAAGACUGAGAUCAUCAGCGGUUGGCAGUUUUCCUCAACUUUGCGAGAGAGAGAGAGAUUGUGUUGGAAUGAAACCUUGCUCUGCGUGCAGCCUGCUUGAGAUGCAGCAUUGAAAGAUCACUCACAAUCAGUUUGUGGCCUUUCUCUGCAGGAACCUUUCCUUGUCUCUUGUGGAUUUUUAUUCCCCCUCCUAAAAAGAAUGAGAGAGAAGCAAAGCACAGAAUGUGUGGCAGCAACAAAAUAGAUUGAAAGGAAAUGCAGUUCCCUUACCUCCAAAUUAUAAUUUGGAAAUAAUAAGAACAGGAAUGGAAGGGGGACAAGAAGAAGUGAGUUUGACACAGCCUCUCUCUGUUCCCUGCCCCAAUGAACGUCUGCACUAGGUCCAAGGCUUGGAGUAAUUUACCUGAAGAGUGAUACCAUUUGGAAACCACUGAAGAAACCCAAGACAGCUGAAAACCAGAAGGCGUCUGAGGAGAAUGAGAUUACUCAGACGGGUGCAUGCAGCGCCAAGCCGGGCCUUCCCUGCCUGAACCUUGAAGCUGUUCCUUCUCUGAGCCCGGCCCUCAUCCACUCUCCACAUUCACCAACAAACCUGCACGCACACACAGGGUCAUCUGAUUGUAACAUCAGUUGCAAGGGGAUGACAGAGCGCAUUCAUAGCAUCAACCUUCACAACUUCAGCAAUUCCGUGCUCGAGACCCUCAACGAGCAGCGCAACCGUGGCCACUUCUGUGACGUGACGGUCCGCAUCCACGGGAGCAUGCUGCGCGCCCACCGCUGCGUGCUGGCGGCUGGCAGCCCCUUCUUCCAGGACAAGCUGCUGCUGGGCUACAGUGACAUCGAGAUCCCCUCAGUGGUGUCAGUCCAGUCUGUGCAAAAGCUCAUUGACUUCAUGUACAGCGGGGUGCUGCGGGUCUCCCAGUCAGAGGCCCUCCAAAUCCUCACAGCCGCCAGCAUCCUGCAGAUCAAGACUGUGAUUGAUGAGUGCACAAGGAUUGUCUCACAAAACGUGGGAGACGUCUACCCAGUGAUUCAGGAUUCUGGCCAAGAGACACCCAGGGGAACACCUGAAUCAGGCACCUCGGGGCAGAGCACUGACACGGAGUCUGGCUACCUGCAGAGCCAUUCACAGCACAGUGUGGACAGGAUCUAUUCAGCCCUCUAUGCCUGUUCCAUGCAAAAUGGCAGUGGGGAGCGCUCCUUUUACAGUGGAGCUGUGGUCAGCCACCAUGAGACAGCCCUGGGACUCCCCAGGGACCAUCACAUAGAAGACCCCAGCUGGAUUACCCGGAUCCAUGAACGGUCGCAGCAGAUGGAGCGGUACCUCUCCACCACUCCAGAGACCACACACUGCCGGAAGCAGCCCCGUCCUGUCCGAAUUCAAACCCUGAUGGGCAACAUCCAUAUUAAACAGGAGAUGGAGGAUGACUAUGACUACUAUGGCCAACAGAGGGUGCAGAUCCUUGAGCGCAAUGAGUCUGAGGAAUGCACUGAGGACACCGACCAAGCAGAAGGCACUGAGAGCGAGCCCAAAGGGGAGAGUUUUGACUCGGGUGUCAGUUCCUCCAUUGGCACUGAGCCUGACUCCAUGGAGCAGCAGUUUAUGGCUGGUCUGGGCCGGGAUGGGCAGCAAGAACCUACUCAAGCAGAUCAAAAUGAUGUCCCUGCUGAUGGCACUCAGCCACAGCAGCAGCAGCAACAUGUAGAUGCCAACUCUUCCUCACCAGAGAGAAGCAAUGAUGUUGAAAUGGACAGCAAAGUGCUCACAGUCAAUAACAGCACCGAAAAGGGGGCUUUGCAGCCUUCUGUCAACACAUCUGUUGCCCAGCCAUUGCCAACCACACAGAUCUACUUACGCCAGACAGAAACCCUCACCAGCAAUCUAAGGAUGCCACUGACUCUGACCAGCAACACUCAGGUCAUUGGAACAGCUGGCAACACCUACCUGCCUGCCCUUUUCACCACGCAGUCUGCUGGCAGUGGCCCUAAGCCUUUUCUCUUCAGCCUGCCCCAGCCUUUAGCUGGCCAACAGACACAGUUUGUGACAGUGUCCCAGCCCGGCCUGUCAACCUUUACUGCCCAGCUGCCAGCCCCACAGCCCUUGGCCCCGUCUGCGGGCCACAGCACAGCGGGUGGGCAAGGCGAAAAAAAGCCUUACGAGUGCACUCUCUGUAACAAGACUUUCACCGCCAAACAGAACUACGUCAAGCACAUGUUUGUACACACAGGUGAGAAACCGCACCAAUGCAGCAUCUGUUGGCGCUCCUUCUCUUUAAAGGAUUACCUAAUCAAACACAUGGUGACACACACUGGCGUGAGGGCCUACCAGUGCAGCAUCUGCAACAAGCGCUUCACCCAGAAGAGCUCCCUUAAUGUGCACAUGCGUCUCCACCGCGGGGAGAAGUCCUACGAGUGCUACAUCUGCAAGAAGAAGUUCUCCCACAAGACCCUGCUGGAGAGGCAUGUGGCUCUGCACAGUGCCACCAACGGCACGCCUGGAGCCACUGGCACCGGCGCGAGGGCUGUCCCUGCCGGCGUGGUGGCCUGCACGGAGGGGACCACGUACGUCUGCUCUGUCUGUCCAGCUAAGUUUGACCAAAUCGAGCAUUUCAACGACCACAUGAGGAUGCAUGUGUCAGACGGAUAAGUAGAAUCUCUCUCUCUCUCUUUGUUAUGAACAACAAAAAUAGAAACAACAAAAAAAAAAGCUAUGGCACUAGAAUUUAAGAAAUUAUUUUUGUUUCAUUUUUACCUUUAUUUUCCUCCUUUUUUUGGGUUCAUUUCGUUUUGUUGUUUUUUGUACUACAUGGAAAACUGUUUUUUGCCUGCUGGUACAUUACAUUUCCGGAGGCUGGGUGAAUAAUAAUUUUCCCAACCUCCCUCGGAUGGUGGCCUUAAGGCCAGGUAGUGCUUCAUGAGCUCCACUGGUUGGAUCUCUAGCUACUGGCCUCUAAAUACAACCCUUCUUUACUACAAAAAGCAAACAACAAAAAAAAAAAAAAAAACCACAAAAAAAAUUUUAAAAAACAGAAAAAAAAAAAAAAAAAUCUUUUUUCUCACUUGUGAAGAGCACUACAAAUAAAGAAACAAAACAAAAUAUAUUACAAAUCUACAAGGCCUACUGUCGUUAUAAGUACACCGCUUGCAGUGUUUCAAUGGACAUGAUUCACAUUGCUGACCGCUUUUGGACUUCACAGUAUCCAGUUAGAACUGUGGAAUAUUUUGCUUCUGGUUGAGCAGCAACCAGAGGAAACAAGGCCCUGCUGGUUUCCACCACGUCUGCUUUCUCACACACACACGCAUCCACAAACACACAAAAAGGGCUGAGGGGAAUGCGAGGCAGUGUGGCUUGGAUAGUGUGGAGUCCCUGCAGGGUGAGGAAAAAGAAUCAGAGGUUCCUCACCUGGAUUCUGCUCCAUCCCUCACUGUCCGGCGCACCCUCCCCGCUGCUUUUCUCGUACCACCACCACCACCUUAUAGCAGAAACCAAGAAGAUUCAGACAACGAGCAACGGUGGCUUUUUUGUAAUUUAUUCAGUGUCUUCGCUGAGCACAGGGCCUCAGCACAAUCAAGAGGGACUUUCACAGAAGGCAAAGAGAAACACAGAGGAAAAUCAAAGAUAUCAGAGGUUGCAACCUAUGGAUCUAGGUACAAGAGAAGGGUUAGUUCCCACAAUCUUUGCAAAAAAAAAAAAAAAAAGUUGCAUCAGGAUUUAUUCUUGUGGAAGAAAGAGAAAUAGAGGGUGGGAGGGGAAUAAUAAUUAAAAAAAAGAGUUGUUGGGACUUUUUUAAUUCAAAAUUUUAUAGAGGGGCAAAAGUGACGUUUACCAGAUAGAAUGCUGAUUUUUUUAAUAUAUUUACAACAGUAUUUGUGUAAAAAAACAAAAAAAGUGAGAUUGUUAAAAGUAAUUUUUCUUUGUUUUCUUUUUUGUUUUGCAUACACUGCCACUAAUAUCUCCUCUUUUAUUAUAUAUAUGAAUAUAUAUAAAAAUAUAUAUUUUAUUUUAAAUUGAGACUGUUAAGGUUAGCUAACCUGCUUCCAGAUAGAGGGGGGGAGGGGAGAUGAUCUUGCUUUUUAUUUUAAAAAAGAGGAAGGAUGUUUUCUUAAUUUUCUUUUCUAGUAUUAUUCUCUCUGUUUUCUAAUGGAAUCAAGAAUUACCUGGGUCGAUGAGGGGCUCUGUGAAGUCAUCUGUGAGAUUAUCUACUAGUGUUUGUGCAUCCUGCAGUAUCAUUUGAACUGCUACUUUGUUUUUUUGAAUUACAUGGUUCUCUUUUUGGCUCUUACCAAGCUUCUGUUGUUUCUUUUUUGGUUCCAUCUCAGAAUUUAUUUCUGCUGAAGGACAUUUCCUUUUGAGAAAGAGAUUUUUCUAGCAAUGUUCCCUUGUUUUUGGGGAUGAUAUAAACUGUAGUCUUUAUUUGAAAAAGUAAUGAAAGUUUUGAAGUGUGUAAUAACUAGGAUUUCCCUUCUUUUUGGUCACUGGACAAGAAUUUAUCUGCUGUAUUGUUCUCUCAUCCCUGCCUUGCUCGCUAGAGAGCUUCCAUAUUUGUGUGGGAAUCUGAUCCUGCCCCCAAUAAUUUGUGCUGAUGCCAAAACAACUUAAAAUGUUACCAUUGCAAAUAAUCCUCCCUUCAUUUGCAAAACGUCUGAGUGAAGGGCCACAUCCCGCAUUCUCUGCAUAGACAAAGCUAUGAAAGGAAUGUAGGAUCCGUGUGAAAGAUUGAUUCCUGAUCUGCAUAUAUAUGUUGGUGUUUUGUAUUUUGUUUUAUUGUGUUUGGACUGGUGUUCUCCCUACUUGUCUUCUGUGUAUCUGUGUAAGAAUUUUUUCCCCAAAGCCAACUCCCAAAGUACGUGGGUCCUUAGUUCAGUUGGAUCAGUGUUUGACACUAUCUUUGUCUUGCUUGAUAUCCAUGUGAGGACAUAGACCAACUGCACUCUGGACUUCAUAUUUUAGGCAGAGAAGAAGCACCUAACAAAAAUAUGCAAAAAGGAAAAAAGAAAAAAUUGCAAGUUUAGCUUUUACUUAUGUCUAUAUUUAAAUUAAGCUUUCUUAAGUUUACAAAACUUUUUGCUUGUGAACACUGAGCAUUUCACAUGAGACAUUCUUUUAUGCUGGACAGCUUUCUGAGUAUUGACUUGGUAGAUCUCCAUAUACAAUUUUGCAUGUUCUUUACACAUGCGGCUUCUCUAUCAGAUACCUGUGAUUCAGUACAGGUAACUUCAUCCAUAUGUUCUGUGCCUGUUCCAUUACCAUUUAUUGGGGGAAAAAACCUGACAGGUGGUUCAGUCUCAGAAUCUUUCUGUACCCUGCAAGGUGCUGUUCAGCAGAUCCUAAAUGCUGAAGCCCAGAUUCUUGGCUGCAAUAUGCAGCAUAGAAAGACCUUGAGGUGAGUGCCAGAGCAAUUGAGUCUUUUAUAUGGUAACAUCUUUCUUUGUUACCAACUUGUUUGGGUAGUUCAGGGGGUUGGAGAAGGAGCACAAGUUCGUUAACAAAUAUUGUUCUAAUAAUCACAUUGGUAACAGCAAUGCUGGCAUGUAAAUCAAGAUGUGAAAAGACAAAGCCCAAGACACAGGGAGGGAGAACUGGUAUCUGCCAUUUAGACACACUAAUUCUAUACAGAAAAUAAAGGUUCUGGAGACUGGAAUGCAGAAGAAAAUGAGGAAGGUGAACCUAGACAAAAGGAUUGAAGGUUUUUCUUUGGGUAAAGGAGCGUUUUUUCUGAGAUCUUUGGUAUCAAAGAAUAUUCUCCCAUAUGAGGAACUAGUGAAGAAUUUUACCCAGCUUACAAAUAUGUAGCUGCUCAUUUGUCAUCUGAGGUCUGGGGAAAAGCUGUUUAAUUUGCCAUUGUAAACCUGGUGAACUGUAGUCAAGAUGUAGCAUAUUCUGGAAUAUACUUUUGAUACCAGAGAGAUAUGCCAGUAAGCAUUAAAUAAGAAUCAGGAUCUACAUCCACCAAAAUCCAAAUACUAUCCAAAUUUUAAUCCUUCAGUUUUCAUCCUUCCCUAAAUCAAAGCAUUAUCUUUGAAACGCCAAUUUUUAUAAGGUCUAAUAAAUUUGAAGUGAAUUAAAAAUAAGUUUUGAAUGAAUGAAUGAAUGAAUGAAUGAAUGAUGCCAAUUAAAAAACAAAAACAUAGUUCUUAAAGUAAAGCAAAGGCAUAAUUCUAAAACCCUUAUCAAAGAAUUUAGGCCUAGGUCUUCACAAAUGACUGCCUGUAAUGUAAACUGAUUUUGUUGGACUUCCAGACUUGAUCUUGUAAAACGUGGGGUAACUUGCAGCAUGACUGCAAAUGUAGCUUAAAGUGCUUGUCAGGUCAUUCUGAAUUUAGAAGCUCAAACAUUAUCCCCUUUAUCUUUUAAAGUGUUAAAUUCUCUUUGGCAGUUCUUCCUCCCAUCUUUUCAAUACUUAUUUGCUACUUGGAAACAACUAUAAUAUCUGAAUGUUACAGGUAGAUUCAAGCUUCAUAUAUUGCUACAAUAUGCCUUUGCAAAAAGAAUAGCAGUCACCGUGAUCUGGAAACUGCUGCUGACAAUGUUUAAGCGAAUCUAUCUCAGUAUGCUUGAAAGGCUUCCUUCAAAACACCCGAUGAAGUGAUACAGAUGAGAAAAUGCAGACUGUAGCACACAUCCUUUUGUUGAAGCAUGCAAUGUCCUGCAUUCCUUGAGCUUGAUUCUCACUUUUGCUAAAGCUCUCUUUAUAUUGCUUUGGUAAUGGAAAAGGCCAUUAAAUAGAACAUAAAUUCAAGCUUACAAGGCCUCUCUGCAAGGCAUAAGUGCAAUAAAGGAAGCCUUAGAGUGAAUGAGAAGUGCCUUCUCUUACUGCUGCUGAGGCUGGUGAAGUGAAUUGGAAAUGCAGGACUGGCUAUAGGUGUUUCGCAGGAACUGCUCUGAGGAUACUUUCUCAACACCCAUCAUGCUUCUACUACACCCACUUCUGGCCCUUCAAAAACAGCUGCUGUUUUUGAAUGCUGUUAGCUUCAAAAACAGCUCAAGUUCCCAGUAAGGCAGCAGGGGAAAAUGGCAUUUAAUUGACUUUUUAAGUGAAUGAGACUUCCCUUUGCUCUAAGAUCAAAGAGCCCAAGUGGAGUCUGUUUUUCUUCUUUCGAUUUCUUUUUCGUCCAAAGGAGAGUUGAGUAAUAAUCCACAUACCAUCAGCACCCCACUUCUUGUCAACCCUACUGACUGGGUUCAGUUGACCUUGACCUACUUGAUUAAUGCUGGAUCACUGGCAUGGUGAGUGACAAGUCUCUUGACUUUAGUGAGUAUUAUCCCAACAUCUCCUGUCUCCCUUAGUAGUGAAAACAAGUCCCAUAGGGAGAAGGUACAAGACAUACUCUUUGCAGGGGUUUUUAGUCCAGUCCAAAAUCAGAAGCACCCAAACCAUUUCACACAUAAUCAGUAUGUCAUAGAUCUGUGACCUUCUUGACAGUCCUAUGCUAAGGAAAUCCUCCAGUUUUCACUGCUGAAAAUGACUUGCCGUUCAAAAGGAAAAAAUAGGAAAAGAGAAGGGUCCAGGUAGACUGUCCAGAUCCUGACAAGAAGGCUGGAGAGGGACUUUUCACAAGGGUAUGUAGUGAUAGGACUGGGAGGAAUGGCCUUAAGUUGAUGGAGUGUAGGUUUAGAUUAGAUAUUAGGAAGAAAUUCUUUAUGAUAAGGGUGGUGAGAUACUGAAACAGGUUGCCCAGAGAAGGUGUGGGCUGUAGGUGUUCAAGAUCAGGCUGGAUGGGGCUCUGAGAAACAUGGUCUAGUGGAAGGUCCCCUGUACGUGGCGGGGGCGUUGGAACCAGAUGAUCUUUAAAGACACUUAAAACCUAAACCAUUCUAUAAUUCUAUGAUAAUAUCAAAUCAGGACCUAGUGGUUGUUCUGACAAGAAGAACUAGGCCUUGAUAUUCAACCCGUUUAAUUCAGCAUCCAGGUCCUCUGAGCCAUUGGAAUAAAUGUGAUAGUAAGGAGUCAGCAGGUAGCCUAAUUGAAGCAGUAUCUGAACAGACUGAAGCAAAAAAGCUACUUUUCACAUUCCCUGAUUUCUUCUCAUACUGGCUGUGAAAAUUCGUGAAGGAGGUAUAAAGUGAUGAGAACUUGGCCCUGAGAGAACCUCAGCCUUCUCUUCUCCCAGAAGGUUUGUCUUCAUCUGACCACUAAACAAUCAGAAUUCUGCUGAAAAAAAGCUUAUGAGGGAAACUGUAUAUAACACAUUAAGUCUGGAAUCUCGAGUUUGUAAAUACAAUGAACACCUUUCCCAGAAUUUGACAGUCCUGCUGACAGAAACCAAAUGCAGGUAGAGAGGCCUUGCAGAGGGGCAGGUGCUGAAAAUGCCAAGUGUCUGCAGCAUGACCAGUAAGACAGGCAAAUGUAUGGAGGUGGCCUGAUGCUGGAUGCCUGUCCACAGAGGCUGGUUCUGGCCAUGCCAAGUCAGUGUUCUUGCUGCUGUUCACCUUAUUUGUCAUGCAAGAAGUAAUAAGCUCUCAGCUAGUUUCCUUUAAAGCUACUCAGUGAUCCAGUUCAUUUCAGCCAGAGCAAAGGAGCCCCCAUAUUUUCACAGAUCACUAAGCUGGGAAAUAGAGAGAGAGUUUUAGGUGUGUGCAUAUCCUUCAAACUGACAAAACAAAAAUGUGGGUUAUGCCUUCUCUAGCAUAAAACACAGAAAUUUGGUCCACAAGGGACACAACCUGUUUGAAAAAGAGGAACACUUAAGUCUCUUAGACCUAUUGCUAUAAGGCAAGGGGGAAUCAUUGUUUUGUUUUUCUAAGAACAUAUGUAAAUGAGAAGCAAGAUGUGUAUUAGUGUAUAUCCAUCUAAUUAUUCCCAGUGCUGAUAACUAAUCAAUUAUAUUAGUGCCUCUAAGAAUAGAGAAAAUAUUAUGCAUUCAUUGCUAUUUGUGCUCCCCCUCUGCUCUAGAUCAGGAGCACCUAAGGUGGAAAGAGCAGAGUUACACAAAUGAGAAAUUUUGGUGAACAAAAGAAUUACAUCCCUGUGUAGGUGUGCCAGUAUCUGGACAAUUAUCCUCUCUGAGUUGGAAAGGAUAUCUAACUGUAUAUCCAACAGGAUACUGUUAGAUAAAUUUAAUUUUAAAAUUAU